UACCCUUUGCACUUCUGCUUUUCAGUAAGUUGCAGGCUCGGGGGCAAAGGAGCAGCCCCCGCUGAGGCUCGGAAGUCCUCCAGGACUGUACAGGGAGCCCCAGGCUGUGGCCACGUUCAGAACCUGGCCAGAAGCCAAGGGACGGAGCUUGGGGUAAGGGGAGGGCCCUGAGGGAGGGGUCAGCCGCGGUCUGCAAGAGUUAAUGGGCAGAGGGGGAGGGGACAGGACGGAGAGAGGAGGGGAGGCUCAGGGCCGCCAACUUCCAGCCCCGGCGGCGACUUUCAGUUUCAUUUCCACGAACCCUCCAGCCUGGGCCGCAGCCGCAGCCGCAGCCGCAGCCGCCGCGAUGCCCCGUAAGUUCAGCUGCCAGCAGCUCCGCAAGACCGGUCAGAGCUUCGAGAAUUUUCUUACUGAGCGGGGACUCGACCUGGAGACCGAUCGCGAGAGGCUGCGGAUCCUUUACAACCAGGACUUCAAGCUCAGCAUUGGGACCCGGGCCCCUGGCUUCUCCUCUAUGCUGUAUGGGAUGAAGAUUGCAAAUCUGGCCUACGUCACCAAGACCCGGGUCAGGUUCUUCAGACUUGACCGCUGCGCCAAGAAGCCAGUUUCUGAAGAAAGGAUCAUGACGCUGGGGUCAGAUAUCAGCAAACAGCAUAAGUCACUGCUGGCCAAGAUCUUUUAUGACAGGAAUGAGUAUCUUCACGGGAAACAUGGGGUGGAUGUGGAAGUUGAGGGGCCCCAUGAAGCCCGAGAUGGGCAGCUGCUCAUCCACCUGGAUUUGAACUGCAAAGCAGUGCUGACUCUGAGACUUCGAAAUGGAGGCAGCCAGCCUGUCACCCUCACCCACCUCUUCUCACUCUGGUGGAACUCCCAGUUCGUCUUCUAUGAUGACAAGAAGGAGCUGCCCUGCCCGCUGGGCCCCGGUGAAUGCUAUGAACUUCGUGUCCACUGUCAGACCAGCUUUGUGGGCUAUUUCCCAGCCACGGUGCUCUGGGAGCUGCUGGGACCUGGGGAGUCAGGUUCAGAGGAAGCUGGCACUUUCUACAUCGCCCGAUUCUUGGCUGCCAUCGCCCAUAGCCCCCUGGCUGCACAGCUGAAGCCCUCAACUCCCUACAAGCGGACUCAGAUCACUAGGAACCCUGUUUCAACCCGACGGAUAGAAGAAGGAGAGAGACCUGAUCGAGCAAAGGGCUAUGACCUGGAGCUAAGUAUGGCACUGGGGACGUACUACCCACCCUUUCGCCUUCGGCAGCUGCUACCUACCCUUCUUCAGGGAACAAAUGUCUUUACUGCCCCAAAGGAGAUUGCUGAGAUCAAGGCCCAGCUGAAGACAGCCCUGAGGUGCACCAACUAUGAGGUGAAGUUCCGGCUGCUGCUGCACCUGGAGGAGCUGCAGAUGGAGCAUGACAUCCGCCACUAUGACCUGGAGUCAGUGCCCAUGACCUGGGAGCCUGUCGACCGGAGCUCUGAGCUGCUCACCCUGGAGGUUCCUGGGGUGGCUGAAAGUCGCCCCUCAGUGCUCCGGGGUGACCACCUGUUUGCCAGCUUAACCUCUGAGACACACCAGGACGAGGGAGUCACCUAUAAGGGCUUUGUGCACAAGGUGGAGAUGGACCGUGUCAAGCUGAGCUUUUCUAAGAGCCUCCUGAACCGCUAUGUGAAUGGACUGACCUUCAAGGUGAACUUCACUUUCAAUCGCCAGGCCCUGCGGGUGCAGCACCGUGCCCUAGAGUUGACCGGGCGCUGGCCACUGUGGUCCAUGCUCUUCCCUGAGGCCUCCCGUGACUGUCCAUCACUGCCCUCAGAUGUGAAGUUCAAGCUUUAUGACCGGAGUCUGGAGUCAAACCCAGAACAACUGCAGGCCAUGGAGCACAUUGUCAUGGGCACCACCCGUCCAGCCCCCUACAUCAUCUUUGGCCCUCCAGGCACUGGCAAGACUGUCACCUUAGUGGAGGCAAUCAAGCAGGUGGUGAAGCACUUGCCUAAGGCCCACAUCCUGGCCUGCGCUCCGUCCAACUCGGGGGCUGACCUCCUCUGUCAGCGGCUCCGGGUCCACCUGCCCAGCUCCAUCUACCGCCUUCUGGCCCCUAGCAGGGACAUUCGCUUGGUGCCUGAGGACAUCAAGCCUUGCUGUAACUGGGAUGAAAAGAAGGGAGAGUAUGUGUUUCCUGCCAAGAAGAAGCUGCAGGAAUACCGUGUCUUAAUUACCACUCUCAUCACUGCCAGCAGGUUGGUCUCAGCCCAGUUUCCCAUCAAUCACUUCACACACAUCUUCAUCGACGAGGCUGGCCACUCCAUGGAGCCUGAGAGUCUGGUGGCCAUAGCAGGGCUGAUGGAAGUCAAGGAUCUGGGUAACCCAGGAGGGCAGCUGGUGCUGGCAGGAGACCCUCGGCAGCUGGGACCCGUCCUUCGCUGCCCACUGACUCAAAGAUUCGGGUUGGGGCACUCUAUGCUGGAACGGCUGCUUACCUACAACUCACUGUACAAGAAGGGCCCUGACGGCUAUAACCCCCAGUUCAUAACCAAGCUGCUACGCAACUACAGGUCUCACCCUACCAUCCUGGACAUUCCCAACCGACUCUACUAUGAAAAUGAGCUACAAGCCUGUGCUGAUACCAUGGACCGAGAGCGCUUCUGCAACUGGGAGGGUCUACCUCGACAGGGCUUUCCCAUCAUCUUCCAUGGCGUGAUGGGCAAGGACGAACGUGAGGGCAAUAGCCCAUCUUUCUUCAACCCUGAAGAAGCUGCCACGGUGACAACCUACCUAAAGCAGCUUCUGGCCCCUUCCUCCAAGAAGGGCAAAGCCCGCCUGAGCCCCCGAAACGUGGGCGUCAUCUCUCCAUACCGGAAGCAGGUGGAAAAAAUCCGUUACUGCAUCACCAAACUUGAUAAGGACCUUCGGGGACUGGAUGACAUCAAGGACUUGAAGGUGGGUUCUGUGGAAGAGUUCCAAGGCCAGGAACGCAGUGUCAUCAUCAUUUCCACCGUGCGGAGCAGCCAGAACUUUGUGCAACUGGAUCUGGACUUUAACCUGGGUUUCCUUAAGAACCCCAAGAGGUUCAAUGUGGCUGUGACCCGGGCCAAGGCCUUGCUCAUUGUGGUGGGCAACCCUCUCCUCCUGGGCCAUGACCCCGACUGGAAAGUGUUUCUGGAGUUCUGUAAAGAUAAGGGGGGAUACACGGGAUGCCCCUUCCCCACCAAACUGGAUCUGCAGCAGGGCCAGAAGUUACUUGAACAUCUGAGCAAGCUCAGUACCUCUACCUCAGGAUCCCAAACUCAAGACUACCUCCCCCAAGAGCAGGAGGGUGAAGGUGGUCUGUCCCUGCACGUGGAGCCAGAGUGGAGGAAUGAACUCUGAACACAGUAGCGGGCCUUCUAGCCACCAGCCAAGCCUUAACCACCCAACCCCAAACCCCACACCUUGGCAAGCAGACCUGAGGGCUGGGGAGUUUACAGCCCAAGCUAUCCGCCCCCCCUCCCCUGCUGGGGAAAAUGACUCAAGCUGCUAACAAUUGGGGGAGGGUGGGGGGUAAAGGGAGAAAAACUCUUGAAAACAUAUCUUGUCUAUGCAAAA